GUGAGAAUGCUGGCCCAGCCCGAUAUCUUCACGAAGGACUCGGCCGAUCAUUGCUCGAUCCCAGAGUUUUUGGCGGGUGUCUGUCGCUCAUUGGAUACCAAAGCCGUCAAAUCUGCCUCCGUCAUUGUCGAUGCCCACAUAGGCAUCUCGGAAUGUGGUAGCGCCAACACCGUUGGAAAACAUGUUGCCGGAGGAGGUUUGUCUGAACUACCUCUUCCCCUUCGGUUUCCCACCAUCCCGCCUGAAACGAGCAAGGUCGACAUCAUCAUCCAGAACAUGGGCGACGGCUGCUGGAAUGUGCUCAAGGUCAUCUACCUUGAGAGGUCCAUUUCCUCCACUGCAGCUUUGUCCAUGUGCAGUGGGAAACCCUUCGUGCCGGUGUUCCGCCCUGGGCCCCAUGCUGUCAAGAAGGCCAUCCAGUGGGCGCUGGCAAGGGUGCGUGGACAUCAUGUGCACUGGCACCGACUAGAGGACAAGUCGUCGGACACUCUGCUCAAAUCAUCAUCAAACCUGUGGUCACCUGAGAAUGACGAGCUUGCAGAGGGCAUUCGUUACAUCAACUCCUUCGCUCCCGACUGCAAUGAGUUCCCGCUUACGACUGCAAGCCUCAACGUCGCCUUCGCGGAGAACAUUCUGCCGCUGGUGUACCCCCUCCUCUUGAGCGCGGCCAUCAUCAUGGUCGGAAAUCCAGGAGUCGGAAAGACGCCUGCCAUCAUCACCAUGGCCAUGGCUAUCGGCCGCUAUCAUGUCCGACGCCUGGGUCUACACGGCGUAAAGCCUGGCUGGAGACGAGGGAAAUCUCUUGACAACUUUAGGCAGAGAUCACCACAGAUCCAGGAAGCACUCUUCCUGGACGACCCUUCAGGGCGGCGUCUGGACAUGGCCGACCUGAAGUCUUUUGUCACAACGGAUGAGGACGGCACGGUCAGUGGCCGCUACAACGAUGCCCGCCUGACACGCAAUCAGUUCCGGGCUCUUGCGUCCAACGAUACAGGUGAUGGCGACAUCCACAAGGAUAUGCUGGCCGAGAAAGACAAGCACCUCUACAACACUUACAAGAAUGGUGACCUUCGCCUCUCACUGUACAUUGGCACCGGACCUAAAGCCAAUCGAGUGGACCGCGCCUCGUUCGUCAUUCCAGAGACUCUCGUGCCAGAAAACGAGCCGGACGAAGAGGUGCUUGCCAUGGCCAUGGGAAAGCAGAUCACCAAGAAGAAGCCAUCUUACCUCUUUCCGUUCGCGAAGAAGGGCAAAACCCGCUUUCUCUUGAAGGACAACUUGACGAAAACGCCGACAAGUAACAAGGUCCAAUCGGAAAAAUGGCGCAAGACGCCUUACGUCAAGAACCCCAUCAAGAUCCGUGUUGACCGCUUGAAAUGGAAGAGGAACUUGAAAGACUUCAUCGGUGUCGACGAGGAUGCGACGGUCAAGCUCCUCACCGAGGAUGGCCUGCUGCCGGACUGGCCUUCAGUCCAGGGGACGGUUGACUCCACGAUACCGCUGCAGACGCAAAGCCUGCCAGAAGUUCAUCCUUCCGCAACGCCGCAAAAUCUGCAUCCCAUCUUCACAUCAAACAUGGGGUCGGAAGGACACCCGCUAGCCAUACAAGCCAGUGCCCUUCUUCUUCGACUUGCAGGCAUUCCGCUCAGCUCCAUCCACAUCGUCUUGGGCAUCAACCACAAGGCACUCGAGAGCAUGGAGAAGAAGCUAGCCACUACAAGGAAGUGCUUCGUAGAUGCAGAGCAAGCCCGCAUGGUGCUCGGGAACGGCAAGAGCACGAAGUGGACGGAGGUAGAAGCCGAUGAGGCCGUCUUCGACAAGUGCUUGAUCGCGGCAGAGGAUGCUCACAACCCCAACAAAACCAUGAAGUGGGAGCAGUGGUUGGGCAUGGUGCCUCGCGGGAAGCCUUCCUCUCUGGUCUUGUUCCGAUUGCGUUCGUUGACCACGCACAAGAGAGCCCCAGGAAAGAAGGUUUGGAAACCCCCCACCUUCGUUCGCUUGGCAAAACACAAGCUCCCCAAUGGGCGCAAGAUCACCGUCAAGGCUGGCACACAGGUGAUUGACCGGGCCUGGCGCUUCCUGAAAGAGCGGGUAAAGAUCAAUCAAAACACCAAGACCGGAUCCCACCAGCUAACCGCGAAGAUCAGGGCUGCCCAAUAUGAGUAUUGGCAGCGGGGUAAGGACAUGUGGGCCAGCACCGGCACCCUUCUCACCUGGUACAUGGACAACAUCACGUCAAGGCACAAGGAGGCCUAG